GAACAAGCAAAAAGAAAAGACAGAAGAAGAUACUCUUUGCAGUGCUGUUGUGUGAGGUGAAAACACUGCGGAAUAUGACUUAAAUUAGAACACCAGAAGCAGCAAUGGAUAGAGUUCCGCUGCAGAGUGAGCGACACCCAGAGCCAGCUUGCGACACAUACAUAAGACAGUGGCACAAAGUCUGUCACAACUUCAUCCCGGAAGCAAUGUGCAUCCCCCCGGCCGGGAACGUUUGCCAUGCAGGCCUGAAGCGACACGUUUCAAUGUGACGCAUGUGGAGAUGAAUCCGGGAAGCAUCGCAGGAGAAAGGACUCGGCUGAAUACGAAACAGAAGCGAGGGAUGAAUUAGGACAUCUGAGCGAGUGGUUCCCCCCCCCCAAAAGCAAAGAAGAGCGGCAGCAUAAGUGCUGCCCGCUCACCGCGAGUAUGACAGAGCGCGUGAGCGACUUCCAAGGUCAGAGCUUCCACAAGCUCCGGCGGGCGUGCCUCCGUCGCGGCGCCCUCUUCAAGGACCCCGUCUUCCCCGCCGCCGCCCAGGCACUCUUCUACAAGAGUGCGCCGCCGCCAGGGGUGACCUGGAAGAGGCCCCGGGAGAUCUGCAAGGACCCGCGUCUGUUCGUUGAUGGCAUCAGCACUCGUGACCUGCACCAAGGCAGUCUGGGUAACUGCUGGAUGGUGGCCGCCAUUUCCUGUCUGGCAUCUGAGCCCACACUGUGGAAAAAGGUCAUCCCCAACCACGUGGACCAGGAAUGGAACCCGAAGCGCCCAGACUCCUACGCGGGGAUCUUCCAUUUCCGCUUCUGGCGCUUCGGCCGCUGGACGGACGUGGUCGUGGACGACCUGCUCCCCGUGAGCGGGGACGGCGUUUUGCUCUUCUGUCGCUCGGCCAGGCCCAGAGAGUUUUGGAGCGCCCUCCUGGAGAAGGCCUACGCCAAGGUAAACGGCUGCUACGAGGCCCUGGAGGGAGGAAACACUGCCGAGGCUCUGAUUGACUUCACCGGGGGCGUUUCGGAGCCCCUCAGCCUGAACCGUGAGACCCUCGGCCUGCACGGGGACCAGAGGAAGGCCCUCUUCCAGACGCUGGCCAAGGCCCACGAACGCAAAGCCCUCAUCACAUGUUCUAUUCGGCCGGCUGAAGGCGAGACGGCGGAGUCGGUGAUGGACUGCGGGCUGGUGCGGGGACACGCCUACGGUGUGACCGCGCUGAGGAAGGUGCGGCAGGGGGAGACGCUCCUGAAGGCAAGCGGAACAUCGCGGCUCUUUUUGGUGCGCAUGAGGAACCCGUGGGGGACCGCCGACUGGACGGGAGCCUGGAGUCAGCGAUCCCAGCGGUGGCAGCAGAUGAGCCGUGCAGAAAGGGAAAAGAUGGGACUUGUAGUUCGGGACGUCGGCGAGUUCUGGAUGGACUUUGAGGACUUCUGUCGCUACUUCACAGAUGCGGUCGUAUGCCGCCUGGUGGAGAGCGCUCCCCUGUGGCGCAGCUCCGGCUGGAGAGAGGUCCGCCGCUAUGGGGAGUGGGCUCCGGCGCCGCCCCACCCCGGCGGGCCUCCGUCGGCCGUCUGCGCGCAGAGCCGGAGGAAGGUCGGAGGCCGGGAGGUCCACGUGGACAAGAGGAGCCGAUGCGGAGGAUGCAUCAACCACAAGGACACUUUCCUGCACAACCCGCAAUUUAUGUUUGAGGUCCGAGGCCACGAGGAGGAGGUGCUGAUGUGUCUGCAGCAGGAGGACCGGAGGAUCCGGAAGAAGGAUGGCGGAGGAGACAACCUGCCCAUCGGUUUUGAGGUACUUAAGUCAGAGGAGAACCGCUGUAGCCGGGUGCAGCGCGUGGUGGAGCAGGCGGCCAGCUCCGUCUACAUGGACUCCCGCAGCGUCACGCUAAAGGCCACGCUGGCGCCGGGCUGCUACGUGUUGCUGCCCACCACGUAUCUGCCGGGAGCCAGCGGACACUUCCUCGUGCGCCUCUUCUGCCAUUCACGUGUCCGGCUCAGGGAACUGAAGGACGACUUGCCGCCUCCCACCUUGUUCCAGUGCUUUUUACCUCAGCCCACCGUGGUGACCACAGUCCACCUACUGAGGGCCACAGGACUCUGCCCUCCCAAGCAGACGGCUCCAGAUGUCUACGCCAUCAUCCGAUGCGAACGCGCCACUGUUCGGUCUCGGGUGUCGAAAGCCGAAGAAAAUCCUGAAUUCCGCGUGAGGGCCAUCUUCUACAGGACAUAUCCCGAUGUGCAGAUCUCCAUUGAGCUGUGGAGCAGAGGCCUGCUGUGGGACUCCAUCCUGGGCCACGCACGACUCCACGCGACGGCGACCGACCAGAAUCGAGACCACGCCGUGGCUCUGCGGGGCGGCCGCUCGGGUUCAGGGGGCCGCGUCCGCGUGGAGACGUCCUCCAGCGUCUGCCUGACGGACUUGUAGCCAUCUCGCAGCCUCGUCGCCACGGUAAUGAGAACCGCGCAGUCCUCUGGAGCAUUUUUCAUAUUGAAUAUUCCGAAAUGUGAGAGGUUCACACUAAAUGCCAAAUCCUUGAUCCUGCUGUACAUUGACUGUCCAACGAACUGUUGUUUUCUUUCCACGGGUCAUUAAACCAAGAUGUCCUCUAUAAAUAAACAAUAUUGUU